CAUAUUUUCUGCAACAAGCUUCAAAGUUAAUGCUCUUUGAAAACAAAUUUUCAGAUUUGUUUUCACUCUUAUGUGACACAAGCAUAGCUGUAUACUUGUCAACUUUAGAUUUAUCAAACAACCAUAUAAAGGGGCAACUGCCAGAUUGUUGGAAAUCUCUAAACUCUUUAUUGUUUCUUGAUUUGAGCAAUAACAGAUUGUCAGGAAACAUUCCACUGUCUAUGGGAACCCUUGUUAAAUUGGAAGCUUUGGUUUUAAGAAACAAUAGUCUAGAGGGUGAAAUGCCUUCCACCUUGAAGAAUUGCAACAAUUUAAUGCUGCUUGAUGUGGGAGAAAAUUUGUUGUCAGGUCCCAUACCAUCAUGGAUCGGAGAAAGUAUGCAUCAAUUGAUAAUCUUGAGCAUGAAAGGGAAUCACUUCUCUGGUGAUCUUCCUAUUCAUCUUUGUUAUUUAAGGCAUAUUCAAUUGCUGGAUCUUUCAAGGAAUAACUUGUCACAAGGAAUUCCAACAUGCAUAAAAAACUUCACAGCUUUGUCCGUAAAGAGCAUUAACUCAAGUGAAAUUCAAACUCGUAUAUAUUGGUACAAUGUUACUUACGUAGAAAAUUAUGGUGAUAUCACUACAGGUGGUUAUACACUUAAUAUACUUUUGAUGUGGAAAGGUGUCGAAUAUGGGUUCAAGGAUCCAGAGGUGAGACUUAAGAGCAUUGAUAUCUCAAGUAAUAGUUUAACAGGAGAAAUACCAAAAGAGAUAGGAUAUUUGAUUGGAUUAGUUUCUUUGAAUUUUUCAAGAAACAAUCUGAGUGGAGAAAUUCCUUCAGAGAUUGGGAAUUUAAAUUCACUAGAAUUUGUUGAUUUGUCAAGAAAUCAUUUCUCUGGCAAAAUUCCUACAUCUCUUUCCAAAAUUGAUCGUUUGGCUGUGUUAGACUUGUCAAACAACUCUCUCUCUGGAAGAAUCCCUGAUGGAAGACAGUUGCAGACCUUUGAUGCCUCUAGUUUUGAAGGAAAUCCUGAUCUUUGUGGCACAAAACUCAAUAAAAGUUGUCCUGAAGAUGAGACGUCAAUGAAGCCUGAAGAAUCAACAAGGAAUGAAACAGAUGAUAAUCCAGUUUUCUCAAAAGCAUUGUACAUGAGCAUUGGCCUAGGAUACUUCACAGGCUUUUGGGGCUUAAUAGCUUCAAUACUAUUUUGGACACCUUGGAGAAAUGCUUACUUGAGGUUCUUGGAUAGAUUGACAAACUAUAUAUGCCAAAUGGUUUUGUAAAUAAAGCGGCAAAGUGUCACUACGGGCUCAAAGGCUAGUAGCUUAUUGCAGAUCAGCUAUGGGAUGAAAGUGUCAUGCAUUGUUCAAAGUGAAAUAAAUGUAGUGUUGAAGUUUACAGAUCUGAUAGGUGCAAAAUCACCGUUUCAAAAACUUUAGCAGUGUUUUACUAUAUGAUCUAUGUGUAAUGUUAUGUUAUCUUCCCUUAUAAGCUAAGACUAUCGAUAUUUAAAGUGUGAAGGUUUUACACUCCAUCUUGAAGACUAUAUGAUCUAUUUGUAAUGUUAUGUUAUUUUACCAAAGUUCCAUGAGUUAAACAUUGAUCUGUCGUAAACAUCUCCUCUGCCCAAAUC